AUGGAAAGCAUGGUUCUCCUACAGUGCUUCUGUGGGCUCAAGAUCUUUGUCCUCACAUCGUGGGGCAAUGCCGACACGGACAUCUACGUGCCCGUGAUCGAGAAUCUUGAGGCUGCCAUGAUCACGGCACGUAAUGCCAUGCUUGACAAAGGCUGGUCACCUGACCCCAAGUGCUAUGAUGAGCGCCGCUUUGCCGCUCGUCGCCGUCCUCCAGCAGGCACAAAGUGCCACGCUCAUUCCGCCAAGGAAGAAGAAGGGGUGAGCGAGAGCGAGACUGAGGGCACGACCCCUGAUGGUGAGGACGAGCCCCUGCCCAGGCAGAAGUACAACAUUGCCAAUGUCAAUCAGGCAAUCAAGUUGAGCAAGCGCGUCUGGACCGACUCUGCCAAGAAGAACCACUGGACUUGGGCCCAGGCGACCUCCAAUCCUGCUCUUGCCACAGCUAUCAUGAAGUGGCAAUUGAAGCACCACCUCCAACUUGAACACUGUGGAGAACAAACUGAAGCAAGAGAUCCGCUGCUCACCCAACAGCUCAAACUGCUGUGGGAGAAGCUAAGCGUGCAGGAGGGCACAGAACUGAAGCCGGGUGGCCACAGCAAGAGGAAGCAUUCUGGUCUGCCUGAGGACCAGCAUGAGAAGAAGAGAAAGCCUGACCAGGGACGGCUGGUGCACAAGAUGUGCUUGGACACCCACCUCACAACUUGCACAAAGUGUGGACUCGACCUCCUGCACGGUGUGCAGUGCAUCACGUGCAUGUCGCAUCACAAGCUCUACAGCGAACAGCUCUGCCUCGGCUGCUUCCAGGAGACCGCUACGACCAGCGCUGAGCACGCCGGGCACAUCUGGCGGAUUGUCUACCUUCCAAGUGACUUCGAGGUUGUGCAGGCGGCCCUCCUCAACUGGAUCCCUCAUCACCUUCACUGCUCGGUUCCCACUGCUGAGCAGCAGCAGCAGGAGCUUGAGCGUGAGCUUGAGUUCCUCGACGCAAUGCUCGUGUCAUCUUCUGAAACCCCCAUCAAGCGCGAAACCCCUUCCACCAACCUUGAGACCGCCCACAACACCAGCGUCGCCAGCACAGUCCCACCCUCUGACCUGCCAGGCACACCAGAGGAAUCCAUCCCGGCCACUUCUGAAGGUGUUUCGCCCGUUCUCUUUCCGCCUCAUAUCUAG